ACGGCGGCCAUGCAGCACGUGCACUCAACAGUGAGCGUGCAACUUGGCUCCGUCUACUGAUCUCAAUAUCAUGCUUUUGUCAACGGUAGGAUUUAAGAGAUAUGAAGAAGGUUGCACUUACAGAACUUACAUUUGUCGAGCACAGGAACAAAGAGUCCGAUAUCUGAGUACACAUAAGUACCUUCAUAACAAACUACGAAAGUCCUGUCUGGAAGUUGGAUGUACACUGUUUCGUGACGUUAACCUAGCUUGGAUAUGUGCACUGGAUGGUCGGUUGAAGACGAGAGCUGAGAUUUACACACAACGAUGUGGACACUACGGCGAGAUAUCACAUCCCUGAAACAACGAUUCGGCUUGAUCUAGAUGAACGGUUCAGCCUGACAGCAUGCAAGCUAUACGGCGUUAUAACGGGAGUCUCCGGGAGAGAUCUACCUUGCCUAAUAUAUUGCCAUCACAUCAACGUUUACGCCGGGAGCUGCAUCCAGAUAAGGAGGACGAGGACAAACACCGACAGGUGAGCCGGUCAGUGCAACACUCUGCAGUCGGACUGACCAUGUCAGGGCAGCAGCUGUCUAUCCCCCAGGCGUUACCCCUGAGGAGGGGGUCAUCCAGCCAAAGCCUCUCAGGGUCGAGCGUCAUCAGUGCGUCUGACUGGAGGGGGGCUGGAGCAACGAGGAGGGGUUCCCGUGGGUCACUGAAAAGAAACUCAUUACCCCUCGGGUCGGUUGGAGCGAGGCAGUGGAUGAGAAGGCCGCAUCCCAGGGACAGACUCACUGAGGCUGAGGAGGCGGAGAGGGCGAAGAAGCUGCUUGGAAAGUUCCGGAUGUGGGCUCGCGUGGUCCAAGCCUUCUGUAACCUGUUCAGAAGAUGCAGUCUCCUAGAGAGCAGUGACAGUCCCUACUAUGCCCAGCUGGACACCAUCGAGAAGACCUCACUGGGCAUUGACAAGAAUCACUACAUUUUCUUUGACCCCGCUGACUAUAAGGCCAAUACUCAGAUGCGCAUGUCCAGGGAUGGUCAGAGGAUCUUGUCCAAGCCUCCAGACGACAGGACAGAGGAGGAGAUACACCAUGUGAUGAUAGCACUGCGGGGAAUCAGAGCAAUAGAAGACCUGCCAAUCAGGAUGCAGAAACACCUUGCUAGAUACAGUACUUUCCAAUCAUUUGGAUCCAAACGGAUGAUUGUCAAGCAGCAUCGACAACCCGAAUUCUUCUACUUCCUGCUCCUUGGCACAGUGAUGGUAGCCGUGCUGCAGGAGAGUGGAUACGCCAAGACGGCAGUGGAACUCACUAGAGGACACAGCUUCGGGGAACUGGCUAUCAUGAGUGGCACCACCAGACAAUCUUCUAUCAUCACCAAGACUCACGUGGAGCUCCUUGCGGUCACGGAGGAGAACUACAGACGUAUCUUCAUGGUGGGAGGCAUACGAAACCUUCACGACCCUGACCAGUUGCAGUUCCUGGGAAAUCUGGCGUUCCUCCAGGACUGGCCAUUAGAGCUGCUGACACAGGCAGAUGCUAAGCUCGUAACCUUCUGUUACUUCCGGUGCAAGACCGUCAUGGUGAAGGACAGCAACGUCUCCGACUGGAUAAUUGUUGUGAAGUCGGGUUCAGUGACUGUGUUGAAGAAACUUGUCAAAGCUCGACCAACCCUGAACAAGAAAACAGGACGGUAUCACCAAGUCGCCCACACUAGUGGCUACCUGGCCUUUCAAAGCAACGCCAUCGCAUACUCCCGUUACCUCGCUUACAACAACAGAACAUUGCCAUCACCUCUUUCUCUGUCGCUCAACUCAAGUUUUACCUCGGACACUGACGUCACACAAUCCAGUGACGUCACUGAUGAUGUCGACAGAUUUCUGCGUCGUGUGACACGAGUCAAUCGUCCAAUGACAUGUUCCCCUCAAAGGAAGCUGGGGGUAGCUGGCGGUCCCCGGAUGUCCAAGUCCGCUGUCUAUCGGGUACACAAGAGGAAGCCAAGCAGUACCGAGAUGACUUCAAACGCAUCAACACCGACAUCAACCACCACAACAGAUGACAGCGGCGUGCCUGGCGCCCACGAUGACGGCAACGCCCAGGUCGACAGUCAGAGAGGAAGGAUCCGAACCUUCCUGGACGACCUCGAUGCUGGAAACUCCUCAAAGACAUCAGCAGUAACAGAAGCGGAUGAGAACCCGGAGUUUGUCCUGGUCCAGACUCUCACCAGGGGGCAGGUGUUUGGCCUGGAGCAGGUUGUCCUUGGUGACCAACCGAGUCUCAGUCUGGUGAGCAACGGCGUCGAGUGUCUGAUGAUCAACAAGCGCUUCUACCUUGACCACUGUCCACCAGCGUUGCUCAGGCGACUCAAGACCCAGGUGUCUCCUUACCCAAGUGACGAGAGGCUUCAGGGCGACCUGGUAGUGCGCGCGGACUGGGAGGUGUACAAGCAAUGUGUAACGGCAGAAGUGUUGGCCAACAGACCCUAUUCCAUCCAUCAACCCCAAGAACGUUCGUCCAGCUUCAUCUGACGAGUAGCUAUCCCGGUGAUGACCGCUACUCGUGUUUAGGGCUUCUGCGUCAAAAGACCUUAUUCCCUUUAUAUCCCGAGGAUAGCAUCGCACAUGUUUUCAUCGUGCUAGUUUCAUCUAAUGGGUAGUUAAAGGGUCGUCUUCGGCCACCUCUCCAACAGGUCCUGUUCCUUAGGUAUCCAUCGUUCUGUGUCUUCAGAAGGAUACUUAUCAUCUUGAUUAAGCUCGUGUUUGUUUUUACACUGACCCCUCACACUGGCCACAUCGACAUGACGAUACAGAGCUGCGCAGUUGGUGGAACAUGAUUGUGAUACACUGUAGACAAUCCACGUUUUACAUUGUCAAAUCUCCUUCAUUGAAACAAAAAGUCCAUGUUAGAGUCGCAACAACUAGGAUAGAAUGUUAAAGGGCAUGUAUAUUUUACAUGUCAGAUCGUGAAAGGAUAGAAUAACCAACUAUGACUGAAUGUUGUUUUACAUCCCCGUCACUAUUUUCCUGUAAAUAACAGAAUCUGGACCAGGCAAUCCAGUGACUGAAAGUGUGAACAAGGAUCUACGUCAUCGGUGUAUGAUAACACAUAACACAUAACCCCAUCCUUUGAUGGAUCUCUCGGUACACGUGGGUACAGUAUAGACUGACGCCAAGUUCCAAUCACUGUCUGUGGAUAUGGGUUACACGUCGCUAGGAUCCAAAACUGGUGAAACUGUAAUGGAGCGCGGGGAAACAGAACGGCUAAAAUGAGACCGAGAGAUAUGCUUCGAUUGGGUUUACCUUCGAACCAGUGUUAUUCGAUUCAGCCACUUUGGCCAACUAAUGUAUCAUUGUGGUAUACGCUAUGUAGUACAUUCUCUUCACAGUAGGAUAUCCAUCAAAGUGAGUGAAUAUAGCUCAGCGCGAUAUCAUCACUAUUGUAGAUGUUGCCAGCUGCCGAUGGUAGUGGUGUCGUGAACGUGCCAGAUUCCUGGGUGUACUGAUGGUGUGUACGAUAUGAAUAUCUGACCCCCGCCGAUGCCAUUGACCACCUCUGUAUAGUUCACAUUCUGCUGCGCCUUAAAAUGUAUGUGCUCUACAAUUUCAGUGCUUAUACAGAAAUAUCCAAACCAAA